AUGGGCAAGAAGAAGCUUGUUUACGAGGAUCCGAUCGUGCCAGUGUUUAUUGAUAGAGAUCAGGAGUUGCAGGCUUACUAUAGCUGUGUGGAUGCACUUGCUCGGGUCAACCCUCCAGUAGCCGAUUACAAUCCGUAUCCCACACAGCCCGCACAAGGGCAAUGGCAGCCACAGCCCAGCAAUCCCUAUCCUAACACAUGGCAGGGUUACUCCUACCCGUCGCAACCCCAGACCGGAUACCCAAAUGCGCCUCCACAACCCACAGGUUAUCCGCCAAUGCCCGCGCAACAACCCUAUCCCGGAUACGCACCAAAUCCCGCUUAUACGUAUCCACAAGUACCCGGAUAUCCACCGGCACCUCAAAAUUCAUAUGGCGCCCCGAUGGGGUAUGGUGGAUACCAACAGCCCGCGAUGCCGGCAGCACAAGGUAACUGGCCUGCAUAUGGCCAACCUCAGCCUUACGGUGCAUAUGGUCAGACUCCCCAGCCAACUCCGUAUCAAGCAACACCGUAUCCAGCAUACCCAGGUUAUCAAAAUCCUACGAGCCAACCGGGGCACGAGAAAAUUACACAAAAACAUAUGGCACCCGAACACUCGGAUGCAACACACGAACGUUCACCAUCAGCGCCACCCGGGGAUACAUAUCAGCCACAAGCACCCAGUAAUUAUGGUUGGGGAGACUUUAUGUUUUCCGGUUAUGAUAAUCAGUAUUACAGACCCCCCUCUGCGCCAACAUCUUCGUUUUAUUCAGGGAUGCAACCGGUGGAAGAAACGGUAACUGUAUCUCAAUCUUCAAAAGGGUAUAUAAACGAUGAUUAUUACGCAAAGCAGUUCGAGAGACUGCAAAUAGGCUGGAAUGUGUGA